AUGUCUACCUCCACACCAAAUCCCACCCCCAGUGAACCGCAAUCCCUCCGAUCAGCCAUGAAGCACGACGACGAGGGAGAACGGCUCCCGGAUGCAAGCACCGCCUCAAGUAGCAAAGCUGUACAAAUCGCCGAACCAGAACCAGACCCAGAUAGUCCUGAGGAAACUCCGCCAAAAAAACAAUUCUCCGUGGGCCUCGCUAAACGUCUUAGUGGCCGCCCUCCCAUACCCGGCGCCAACUCAUCCAGGUCCUCUCUGAUCAGUCAGACUAGUUUGGAAGCGCUCAAUAGUCUGGCAAGGACCAUUUCACCUCAACAAGUUCCUCAGGACUCUGCGUCGCCACAGCGUCCCCAUAGACAUCGAAUUGAUGUUGUGGGCGAGAGGCUCAUCGCCCAAGUUACCGAGUGGCUUGAACACGAGCGGACCAAACGGCACAAUAGGAGAGAAAGGAGAGCCCAUGGAAGCCGAAGAAAACACCGUAAAGACGAUGCUGAGGGGCCCGGAUCUCAAUCCACUGGGCAGUCGAGGCGCUUCUCAAUGAGCUCUCAAUCUAGCGCGGCCUCUCUAGACAGACUUCAGAGGAUCAUCGAUAAUAGUAUGAGCUCGCUGGGCUUGAAUGCUACUCCUCACUAUAGCCCUAAACUAGGUAGGAAGUCCCAACGUCGGCGGUCUAUACCACUAAACAGAGCCGCAUCAUCCGACACAGAAUUCUUCGACGGAGAUGUGCUAGUCCCAAGUUGUGAUGGGGUACUAGACAAUUCAAAGACACUCAGCUACACGGGUGGACAGACGGCGGAAGGGGAAGAAGCUCUAUCACCAUCUGGCCAGAGAGAGGAGAAGGAACGCAGAGCGUGGAUCACGUUCAAAAGUGAGAUCAUACGUUUGACACAUACGCUUAGACUUAAGGGCUGGAGACGAGUGUCCCUCGAAAGUGGUGAUAAAAUAUGGGUGGAACGCCUCAGUGGCGCCUUGACAAAUGCAGUCUACGUAGUCACUCCCCCGGAAGAUAUCGGGGCAGAGACUGGCAAGAAGACACCGACGAAACUACUACUGCGAGUAUAUGGCCCCAAUGUCGAACACAUGAUCGACAGAAAAAAUGAGCUAAACGUCUUGCGACGGCUUGCGCGGAAGAGGAUUGGUCCGCGGUUAUUAGGAACAUUCGCUAAUGGGCGCUUCGAACAAUAUCUCAAUGCCAUCACGCUCACUUCCGAGGACAUUAGGGACCCAGACACGUCAAAACAAAUUGCUAAGAGAGUGAGGGAGCUCCAUGACGGCAUGGAGGUGCUGGAAGAGGAAAGGGAUGGCGGACCGGCAGUUUUGAAGAAUUGGGACCAUUGGCUUCCCAGAGUUACGGAAAUCAUGAACUUUUUGGAUGCUAAAAUUACGGCGGGGAAUCUUGGGCCGGUAAGAAGUCCGGUAGAUGCUUGGAAGGAACGCGGCCUUGUCUGCGGGACCGAUUGGCCAACGUUCAAAGCCACCUUUGACAGAUACCGGAAGCAUCUUUUUGACCGAUACGGAGGCUCAAAAGUUGUCCGGGAGCACCUUGUGUUCGCUCAUAACGAUACUCAGUACGGCAAUAUUCUUCGUGUUCGGCCCGACGACAAGAAAUCACCUUUGCUACAACCCAACUACGAGCAUAAACAGUUGGUAGUCAUUGAUUUCGAAUAUUGUGGUGCGAACGUGAGGGGCUACGAAUUCGCGAACCAUUUCACAGAGUGGUGCUAUGAUUACCAUGACGAGUCAGCGUCUUUUGUCUGCAAUGUAGCCAAAUACCCAACACCCGAAGAACAGCAUCGAUGGGUCAAAGCGUACGUUACUCACCGACCGGAUCACCCGCAUCCAGGGUUAUCAACGCCAAUAGUGAGCCCCAUCUCCACGCCAGUCAUGGACCCGACCACACCAUCGCUUGAGCCAACCAACGUCGGAUCAAGCAGCUCCAUCGUGGAAUUUAUGUUGGAUGCUCGAGUCCCACCAGGUGGCUGGAAAGAAGAAGAGAAGCGUCAAGAAGACAAACUCGAGGAACAAAUUAAGUCAUUGAUGGAAGAGACCCGGUUGUGGCGUCCUAUAUGUAGCGCAAUGUGGAUUGCAUGGGGUAUCAUGCAAGCAAAGAUUCCUGGCCUCGACCCGGAAGAAAACUCCGAAGAAGAGGAAGGAGAUCCUCAUGCUUUCGAUUAUCUGGGCUAUACGCAAGAAAGAGCGAUGUUCUUUUGGGGUGACUGCGUUGCCUUGGGGUUAGUAAAGCUGGAAGACUUACCGGAGAGGGUCAAGAAGAAUAUCAAAAUACCCAAGUACUAG